UUGUAAUCUAGUGUUCAGAUUCGGUUGAGACGUAUAAAGCUUUUUCUGAGUUUUCGGACGAUAGACAACAGACUUUUUCUCGACCAGUUCUUUACCAGAAGCGUAUAUAUCUUGUGACGAUGAGUUGGCAGCUAUAUUCUUAAAUAAUUCCCAAUUACGACCUGAGGCGUUCCGCUCCGUAUGCGGCGCGAUAUAAAAAGAAUUUUUUUUGUUUUUCUCGUCCAUUGUUCUCUUGGUUAGAAACUUUUUCGAUCGACAAUCCUUCUCCUUGUUCUCGUCGCUCCUAAAAUUGAAAAUAUCCAUGGAAGAAACAAUUAAUGUUAAUACUUUAUGGAAUGUUUUUUAAUCAUUUUAUAAAGCUAACCUAUUCAUUUCUCACGUGUACAUAUACGAACACAAAUCUUUCAAAUGAACGUCCGAUUAUUAUUAAAUCUGAAAUGUAAAUUAGAUAAAUGUGCACUCAAAUCGUAAUUGAAAUUGGUUAGGUAUAUGUCAACUUAAGCAUGGCGACACAAUCACAAACUAACAAUCACAAUGUAUUUUAGAGUCCUCUGUAGCACAAAUUCGGAACAUUGAUGUGAAAUUCAAAUUUGUUUCGUCAUUCAUUCUCGAUUGUAUUGAAAGAGAUCAAAAACCUGUUAUACAACUAAUAUAUAAUUCGAAUUUGUAAUUCUCCUAUGAAUUCUAUUUAUGGUAAUAUUUGUCAACAAUUAGAGCAAAAUUCCGAGUAAAACAUUAUAAAUUCGAAUGAAAUUUUGUUUAGUAUACGUGCAACCGUAACGUUUAUACAUAUAUUCUGUAUGUAUACAUGUACAUGUAUUUAUAAUACCAUACUGUUUUCAGAACAAUAUUUGCAUGCUGUAGUGGUACAACAAUGUGUAGAAUGUAAAAUUACAAAAAUUAUUUUCAUAUUAAUGUCAAAAAACAAUAUCGACAAUUGAAAACAGUACACAGAACUUACGAUAUUGUAGUUGGUGUAGGGGUUAUGUGUUUUUAAACGCAACGGUUUUAACACGUUCAACGAAGUGACGCUUCUGAGAUUCAAUUGAAUAUGUGCUACAAUCAUUUCCUUACCUUAUAAAUAUUACUAUCGCAAUUAAACACACGACGAAAAUGAAAGAAGCUAUCAUGGUAUAGUAAUCGGCAGAAAUAUUCUAGAAUUCACGUCUGCCAAAAUAGUAUCGAUGAAUCCGUUUUCUGAGAAGCUGCGUUGCGUCUUUCAACGGUUACUAUCAUCCCAUAUCGUUUGAAUAUGAAUGUUUGUAUGCAUCAGAAUCGUUUGUUUAUGAAUGUUUUAUAACUGAAGGAGUCAUGGACGAUGAUAGUAAUAAUACAAUCAAAGACAGCUUUCCGGAACCACGUAAAAAAUUUUGGCUGCGAUCAAGAAAACGUCCGAAAAGCGAUGCCAUCAGUAUCAGUUCGAUGGAUAUAUCCAUAGAUUCGGACUUAAGAAAGAAGAAAAGGAGAAGAAGAAUUACUGAAGUGGCCAGCAGUAUAUUUUCCUCAUCUAACUUGAGCAAUAAACAAACAAAUACUCUUCAUACAUCUUUUACGAUACAACCAAAUGUUAUAGAUUCAUCCUUUGUGGACAAUGAACCAGAUACAGAAACAUUGAGAAGAAAGAACAAAGAGAAUAUAGAAAAUACUAAUACUCUCACACUUCGGAGUUGGGUACUAGAUGUUUCAAAAAUAAGCACGAAAGAUAAACAAAAUUGUGCUUUAAGUAGGAAAGAGAUAAAAAGACAAGAAGCAAUUUAUGAAUUGUACUGUGGAGAAAAUGUGCUUAUUGGGGAUCUACGUGUUCUCAAAGAUUUUUACUAUGAACCAUUGUUACCUACCGGUAUUUUCAAUUCUGAGGAAUUGCUUACCCUAUUUGGAGGGGUAACUGACCUCAUCGACAUACAUUCUAGACUGAGAGACGAAUUGAUCGAAUCAAGAGAUCAAUAUGGAUACACAGACGCUAUCGGUACCACAAUAUUAAAUUGGACUUCUACGUUGGCAAAACCAUAUUUAGAAAGGUGCAGAACACAAAUAUGGGCUAAGCAUUUAUUGGAUGAAAAAAGGCUGACAAACAAACGCUUCCAAUCUUUUCUGAAAAAACGUUUAGAGUCUCCUCACUCUAUUGAUUUGUGGACGUACAUAGAUGUACCACGAUCAAGAAUUGUUAAAUAUCCAUUGCUGGUUAAAGAAAUAUUGAGACAUACUCCAGCAUCUCAUUUGGAUCAAACAUCUUUAAAAGAAGCAUAUGAUACAUUAUCCAAAUUAUUAAAUGACAUAGACAGAAUCAUGGGUGAUGCAGAAUGCAAGUUGGCUCAAUCAAAGAUUCAUGUGAAAUUAGAAUAUGAUUCUUCUAAGUGUAUUGAGAAUGCAACAGAACUUAUUACCGAGGGUCAACUUAAAGACACACGUGGCAUGAAAUUUCAGUGCUUUCUCUUUGACACGGGUUUCGCAAUAACUCGGAGAUCAAGAUCUGUAAGUAAAAAGUACAAUUUAUCUUUUCCUGUCGUGCUCAAGGAACAAAUCUGUGCGAGUGCAAAUGAUAAAUCGCUUACAAAUUGUGAAAUCAAUAUUGGUGAUCACAUAUUCACAACUGAAGAUGAGCAUGGGAAAAGACAUUGGAUUGAUUCAUUGAACAAAGUUUGUAGACUGAGAAUCGAUUUAGUAGAAAACAAAAUUGGUACUAAUGAAAAAGAAAAUCAGGAAAUUUUGACUCCAGUGAAAAAGAAUCAGUCUACCAAAUCUACAGUAAAUAAAAUAAGUGAAAAUAAUUUCCUUACUUUGAAAAGAAACUUUUUGAGAUCAAAACGUGAUAGUAUUGGUUUCACUUAGUAUUAUUCAAAUUACUUUUUAUACUCGUGUACUAUACUCAAUUUAGAGUUUUCUAUUUAUAAAUUGAUAUAGGAUUUUGUUGUGAAUCUUCGAAGUAUUAUCGUAUCAAAAACAAUUUUGUAUAUAUCAGAGAUCUCAAGGAAAAUAAUAUCAUUUUAAGAUAUAUAGAUUAUAAACAAUUAAUGGUUGUAGGGCUAAUGUGAAAAUAGCAGAUAUAAAAAUUUGUAUAUGUACAUGCUUGUAAAAAUCAGUUUAUGUACUGUAAUUAUAUCUAGUGUGCGAUUAUAUAAUUUUUGUUUUGAAGACAAUUUAUAUAUGUAUUGUAUAUAUCUAUGUACACAUGUAUUUAACAACAAAAUUAUUUUCUUAAGAAAAUUUUAUGCUACAAUACAAAAGUAAGAGUCUAGAAAUCCGUAUUGAA